UCGUUUCUCCGGGAACGGCUCCUUAGUGUGGUCGGACACGAAGGUGUGUGGGGUCAUGAUCUAUGCCAAGCUCGGGCGCUAGGGCUGGGGUGUACGGGUGUUGAUGUUUAUGCAAAAACUACAGCGGAAAUAAGCCAUGAGGCGUGCUCUGUGUCACAGGAUCACGUGCUAUGGUAGGACCGGGCCCCGGAUUUUGUCUACGCCAUUGAUUCCAGCGAUUUGGCCGGGGUCAGUAGCUAACGUUCCAUCCCAGAAAACCCCAUCUUAUCAUAGGAAGUCUACCAGUUUUGCCACCAAGGUCACACCAUCCACCACGGCCAUGGAGUCCGGCGCAGACGAGGUGGCGUUCGAGUCCCCGGCACAUUUCCGCAUCUACAAGAGCGGGAGGAUCGAGCGCCUGAACCGGCCCCCGGUCCUUCCCGCCGGCCUCGACGAGGCCACCGGUGUCACCUCAAAGGACGUCGUCCUGGACGCCGGCACCGGCCUUUCCGUACGCAUCUACCUCCCCAAGCUCCAGGAACCAUCCAAGAAGCUCCCGGUCCUCGUCUACUUCCACGGCGGCGCGUUCCUCCUCGAGUCGGCCGGCUCUGCCACGUACCACACCUACGUCAACCCACUCGCAGCCGCCGCGGGCGUCCUGGUGGUGUCCGUGGACUACCGCCUGGCACCGGAGCACCCGGUCCCGGCGGCCUACGAGGACUCGUGGGCCGCGCUCCAGUGGGUGACGUCGGCGCAGGACGAGUGGAUCGUCGAGCACGGCGACACGGCGCGGCUCUUCCUCGCCGGCGACAGCGCCGGCGCAAACAUCGUGCACGACAUGCUGAUGCGGGCGUCCGGCGCCGGCGGGCCGCGCGUCGAGGGCGCCAUCCUGCUCCACCCGUGGUUCGGCGGGAACGCGCCCAUCGAGGGCGAGCCGGAGGGUGCCGCAGCGGCCACCGCUGGGCUCUGGACCUACGCGUGCCCGGGCGCGGUCGGCGGCGCCGACGACCCGAGGAUGAACCCUCUCGCGCCGGGCGCGCCGCCGCUGGAGAGGCUCGGGUGCGCGAGGAUGCUGGUGUGCGCCGGGAAGAAGGACGCGCUCUACGUGAGGGACCGCGCGUACUAUGAAGCCGUGGCGGCCAGCGCGUGGCCCGGGGACGUGGCGUGGCUCGAGUCCGAAGGAGAGGAGCACGUCUUCUUCCUCCCGAAGCCCGAGUGCGAGAACGCCAAGCUGCUCAUGGACCGCGUCGUGGCCUUCAUUGCCGGGGCCUGACUUGCUCUCUUGUGGCCUUGUUGGCGCGGCACCGCGCGACGCAGCAUCAGGUCGCCAUUGAAGAUUGAAGUUGUGGACUUGUGGGCAAGUUUCUCUCGCUGAAUAUUGGUCUUGUCUAAAUUUUUUUCUGGUACAAGUGUGGUACUGAAGUCUUGAAACUGAUUUUUUAAUAAGCAAACUAUAAGUCCACAUUAUUCA